AUUUUUAGGCUUUGUGCGUUUUGUAUGAUAUUACUUUUUCAAAAUAACGACGGCAUUUGGUAUGGAGGAAACUAUAUAAGCUCAUGUUUCAAACCAAAAGAAGAGUUUGAAGAGUUUAAUCGUGGUAUUCUGACAAGUGGGAAUCUCUUACAGUCUUACAGGAAUCUGUUUCGGCCAUUCUUCAGGCAUAAACAUAAAACAUUAAUAAAGGACCCAUUAGUACAACAAACAGGCAAUGUGGACUUUAAUUAUUUCAAUAAGCAUCUAUCAGCAAGAGAAAAUAAAUUCGAACACUUUCCACAAUACGAUUCCAGAAUAGGAAAAAAUCACGAUUCAUAUUAUCCUACCAAGUUUUUGUUACCAAACUAUAAAGUUCUCAUUAAUCCUUUUUCCUCUCGAAUGAAUAUGCCUUCAAAAAUAGGAGAAAGUCAGCAUUUUGUUAACGAAAUUGGAGAUACCUUAUCUAAUCGCAGAACAAUUGAACCUCAAAUGAAAUUGCAAGGAACGGGAGAUACUCAAUAUUAUUGCUAUGGAGUAAAAAAACGAAAACCCGUUCAUAAAAAGAAGAAACAUGACUAUGACAAGCUAAUUUAUCCACAUAAAGCAGUUGGAGGAUUACUAUUACCAACCAAGAUUAUACUAGACAAUCUUAACUCCUGGAAAUGGAAAAACAAAAAGGAAAUCCAAACUAAUAAUCUUUCAAUGUCCAUGGUAUACGAUUUGUUGUCAAAAUCUACAACGCGCUAUCCAUUAAAAAAGACAGAUCCUGUUUGUCAUACUACAGAAAAAAGAAAAAUUGGCAUUCUUGAACAACUAUCAGAAGACCAAUCAGUUUUUCCUGACAGGGGAAUGUCCCCCUCAAACUGUUUUGUUUCCACUGAGAGGCUUAUGCACCUAAACAAAAGAACACAAAUAAAUCCGAGUCUCCACCGAGAAGAAACCACCAACGAAAAUGAUAUAGAAAGACCUGAAAAAUUCAGGGAAUACAAAAAAAUGAAUUGUCUGGACGACGAAAUGAAAAAUAAUAUAUUUCCAGCAGGUAUUUCUGAUUGCGGUUGUAGAAUGAUGUACAGAGACCAAUUGAAAGCUUGUGGAUAUUUUACAACAAAAUUGGCAAUAACUUCUGAAGUACCUAUAAUAUUUAAAUUUGAAGAUUACUUUUGUGAAUGCUACAGUUGUUCAAGUGACAGCAAGCGAAGAAAAUUUCAUGGAAGGAAAGAUAAAAGGAAAAAAAAUAAAAUAAAAGAAAAAGAUAAUUUUUUAAGGAAUAAAGAUGUUGAAACUGAUUUGAAAAUCAAUAAUGGAUGUGAUGAUUUACAAGUCGGUAGAAAACAUUUGAUCAAUACAGACGAUUACUUAAAUAUUAGUAAAUGUAUAGUAAUAUCAAAUGAUGAGGUUAUAGAUCCCAAUGAUGAAGAAUUCUUUAAUUAUGAUUUCGACAAUAUAACCUCAACUAAUAUGACCAGCACUGACUCUUCUAAUAUGAACGAAUAUUCGACAGAAAUUUCCAGAAUCAAGAGACGGACAUUCAAAUCUAAAUCGAAAUGGGAUCGCAAAAGGAAACGAGCAUUUGUACCGCUCAAUGCUUAUCAUGAAUAUUUAUUCCGAAAACCCAGUGCUAAGUUGUUUAGCUCACCCAUUUCUUCUAAUUCAAAAAACAACAAUUUCAAAAUUAGAAAAGUGAACAAACAUAAAAAAAAAAAAAUUAAACACACUAUUCACAAAGGUUUGAAUUUGGGAAUUUCAAAUCGAGAAAUGACACUGAAACAGAAGGCAAAGCUUAUCGGGGACAAUGUCGAAAACGAAAAAGACAAGGUACAUAAGAAACGAGAAUUUGUUGGUGAAAGGCAGUCAUUUAACUCUUCGGAUCUUUGUGAGGAAUUGCAAGAAGAUUCGACUUCAAUGAGCACACCUUCUUCACCGAAUUCUAUAAAACCCACUUGUCUUUGUCUAAAUCUCACUCAUCCUUCUUUUGUAAUGACUGAGAAUGAAAAGGUCACCCACUCUACUUUUGUAAUGACCGAUACUGCUAAACCCAUUCAUUCUACUCUCUCAAGCACCGAUAGAGAAAAGCACCACCACUUUACAUUCGUAAAUCCAUAUAACAUUUUCUCUAAGGUAACAGGACUUAUUUCAAUCCAUAAAAGCACCCACCCCGGUAAACAUGUCAUUGAAACAAGCACUAAAGUAUUAACAAUAGAAAUGUCUACAAACAUUAUGCCUAUGUUCAGACCGGAUACAGGAAACCGCCACCCUGCCAAAUUGAAAUGUGAACAACAAUAUAGUAGAGAGUGUGUGUGCUCUGUCACAAAAGCUCUUCAAGAAAUCAAUAACUUGAUUUCUAAUAACCAAGAACAAAAAUUCCUCCUUAAUCAGUUAACGAUAUAUAAUUGUACUAAUUAUAUUCCCGUCGAAAUCAACUAUAAAAUGUCUCCCGAAUUAAAGCCAAGGCUCAUUUCAAAUAAACAUAAAGAGUUGUUAGCUGAUGAAAAAAAUGGUCCUAAAGAAAUUAUCGAUGAAACUUUCCAAGAAUUGUUGAUUCGAGAUGUGCCCAAUGAAGUGACAGAUUUUUAUGUGUUUCCAAGCACAAAUGUAGAGAUACCUUGUUUCAUAAAUGACGAUAUUCAGCUUUCACCGAACACUGCAGAUUCGGCAUCUUAUGUCUGGAGACAAGGAGAUAACAAAUUAAUAACAGGUGGACGUGUGAUCGAAGAUUUAAACCAUAGGGGGAUGCUACAAAUUGCAGAAGCGACCCUCGCCGAUUCAGAUAACUAUACCUGUACUGUAAAUUACACCAAUCCUGAUACAGGACAGACUGUCAGUGAUUCCUUCGUCCAUUCUGUAAUGGUUGUAACUCUUCCGACAUUCGCUCUCCAUACACUUAUGCAUUAUUCGGCGAAAGUAAAAUGUGAUCAAGAGACUCUAGAAAUGUUUGAAUUGUAUCUCCCGCAGCAAAUUGAAGAUUACAUUUGUUACAUCGAACCAGAUAGAAAGAAAAUAUGUACUGUAGAGAUUCAUAAUCCUAUUUGUCAUCCAAAGAGCAAUGAGAAUGCCGAUCUUAAAUCAGUUUGGAAAUUUCGAAGCAAAGGAACAAGGCCAAGUUUUGCAUCACAGGAAAAUGAGGAGAAUGUUAUGGAACUUUCGCUGAACUUUGAACUGGAUAUAGCUGAUGUGACACAAACUAUGAUUUCUGCUGCCAACAAAACACGCUGUGGACCAUUUUGCCAACUAAAAAUAAUACUUAAAGUGGUUGACAUAUUGCGAGAAUCGUUCACUAUCGUACUACCACAUUCAGUAAGCUCAUCAGCUGGAGCAAUCUUCAAACCUGAUAUGAAUUCUAUAAAUAUGAAAAUAUUGAUUGCUUGUGAAGGAGGCUUUAAAUUAGUGCAAGGUUUUUGUAUGCCCUGCCCUGCUAAUACUUACAGCGAAGAAGGGAGCACGGAAUGCAGCAAAUGCCUCUCAGGAACAUACCAGCCCAACAUAGGAUCUAGAACUUGCGAAAAAUGCCCUCAUCCUUUCAGAACUGGAUGCUCAUCACUUUGGUUGUCACCUGCUGUUAUUGCUGUUACCAUUUUAAUCAUUCUACUAACUGUUUUGAUAUCAACUAUACUGGUCUAUUUAUGCAAAACUGUUUUAGCAAAAUGUAUGUUGCCAUUCAUAUCACCAUGCUUAAUGAGGUGUUUUAGAAAAAAAAAACAAGAAAAACAAAUUAAACAAGUCAAACUAGAGCCAACUUUUCCUAAGAAAAUACUGAAGAAAAAAAUGAGAAAGUUGUCUCCACACAGAAAAAAGGAAGACACUACAGAACCACCUACACCACCUUCUGAAGAUUUCACAAGUUGA